AUGGACUCGGCGCCAGCCUUCGCCAUGGACAAGCCGUUCGCCCCCGGCGCCGUGCGCGGCCCGGAGCCGCCCGAAAACCCUCAGAGCCGGAAAAACUUCAGCGUGAGCCACCUCCUCGACCUGGAGGAGGUGGCGGCCGGUAUGAACGGGCCCCCCGCGGCCGGUCCCCCGCCCGCCGGUGGCGGCAAGGCCAUCCCGGAGCCGUCGGGAGGCAGCAGCGGCAGCGAGGCAGCGCCCCAGGACGGUGAGAGCCUGAGCCCGAGCCGUGGGGCGGCCAAGAGGAAGAAGAAGCAGAGGAGGAACCGCACCACCUUCAACAGCAGCCAGCUGCAGGCUCUGGAGAGGGUCUUUGAGAGGACGCACUACCCCGACGCCUUCGUGCGGGAGGAGCUGGCGAGGAGGGUCAACCUCAGCGAGGCGAGAGUCCAGGUCUGGUUUCAGAACCGGAGGGCCAAGUUUCGCCGUAACGAGAGGGCCAUGCUGGCCAACAGAUCAGCAUCACUGCUCAAAUCCUACAGCCAAGAGGCAGCCAUUGAGCAGCCCAUGGCGCCACGACCCACCGCACUGACCCCGGAGUAUCUCUCCUGGACCAGCACCUCCCCGUACAGCACUGUGCCCUCCUACAGCUCCAGCGGGACCGCAACGCCCACCCAAGGGGUGAACAUGGCCAACAGCAUCGCCAGCCUGCGCCUCAAAGCCAAAGAGUUCAGCCUCCAUCAGAACCAGGUGCCGACCGUGAACUGACCAGGGCAAAGCCUGCCCAGUGGCCUCAUCCAGGAUACAACGUGGAGCUCCUGUGCCAGUCCAGGACGAAUCCGCCACCUGCCCAACACAUGUCACUCAUCCAGUGUGUCUCAGCACCUCUUCUCUCCUCUUCCCUUCCCUUUUGAAGGUAGAGUCAGUCCCCAGGCCGAAGUGGCACAUAAUUAUAGCCACAUAUGGAGCAAACUUGGUUAGAAAUUUGCUUUUCCGCACACCCUUAUAAUAACGGCUAUAUAUACACACACAUACCCCCCACGCGCUCUUCGAGGACAAACAGACUUGCCAAGGGAACAAGAAUUUGCUUCCAAACAUGGAAGGAUCUUGGACUAUUGGAUUUGACCAAUUUGGGUAUCUCGCCCAGAGAGCCAAAGAGUUCUUGGGUCUUCUCCUCCCGCGGGGACGUGCAGCGGUGGGAGGACCACGAGCCGCCCUUUCCACCAGGCUGUGACUUGUGGCGCUCAACCACAAGUGCCGAAGCUGACCUGUGUGUUCACCUCUUUGCGCAGCCCCAGCCACAGCGUUUGGGACUUUGGGAAGCUGACGGCUCACCCAUGCCACGGCCAGUCCCAGCCAGCCCUCUGCACUGUGCUGCCUGCAUUUAGGAGUAGCCUAUUCAAUGGCGUCAGGUUUUGUUCCUUCCCAGAGGAGCAAGGAGGGCUGGAGCAUCUCACCAGCCUCUCUUGGAGCCUGUGAGCUCUCCUGUGAGCCGGGGGUGCAUCACCAGUCCCCAAGCAGGCACUGCUGCCCUGCCUUGGUGGGCUUGCCAGCGAUUCUGCAGAGCCCCAGGUCAUUGAACCGUCCCAGGGAAAGAGAAAAUUGGAAAAAGCUGUUGGGUUUCAGCUGAGUAGGCGGCUCCCAGCGCUUCGUGCCAACGAAGGCUUCGCCUUCCGGAGGCACAGCCUCCCUGUCGGCAGCUCCGCAGAUGUGAGCAGGGGUCUGGGGCCGGCGACGCCACGGGGGGAGGUUUCUUUGGUUUUGCAGAGAGGAAAUGGUUUCCCCCUCGUCCCACCCUGCCGUGCAGCCUAAUGAGGUUGCAAGGUGGGAUGUGGGGGGGGAUGGACACGGCGGGGGCAGCCUCGCCCCAGCCCAUGGGACUGAGCCGUGGAGAGACGCAGCCUCCGCCUUCCCCUGCCAGUCCCGUGGCAAUGGGGAACAAGACAGAGGGAUGAAGGUGUUACCCUCUGGAAACCAGGUCACCCUUUCCUCACCCGCCACAAAAUGCCACCAGCCAGGCGUGGGGACACCACCAGCUCAGAGGGGUGGCCCGGACAGAGAAGGCACCAGCCCUACUUGCCUGGAAGGGCUUGGCUUGGGGACUGUAGCAGCAGGUCUGAGGAUGAACAGAGCAACUGCUGAGGUGCUUCCUCCAGAUAAACAUCCUCUGGUCUGUGACACCAAGGCUGAAAGUGUCACAACUACAAAGUGACCAUCUGAGUGCCCACAGCUCCCAGGAACAUCCUCUCCCAUUCCCACCGGGGCUCUCACUGCAGCUAUAUGUGGGACCCUCAGCUGCACCCCAGACAACACCAACCCAGGGCUACUCACCCAGCACCCAGCUGGAGAUCUGAUGGGAGAACAAGGAGAGGAGCACAUCUCCUCUGGCUGGGGGUGAACCAGCCCCUCCAUCCUGCCUCCAGCCCCAGCUUUCUCUGCUCCACCCAAUCUAUUUGGGAAUGACCACCUUCUCCUCCUCCAGCACGGCAGGCAGGGACAGGGCACAGCCUGACUGACACUGUCCACCCCAUCCAGGGAGGAGUGUCACCCUAAGUACCCAUGCUCUGCCCCCAUCCCUAUUUCCAGGGCUGGUAUUUCCCCCAUUUGCCAUGCCAGCAACUCCCCUUACCACACAGAGACUUGCCAAGCCAGGGGGAAGAGGGAUCCACUGAGGAUCAAAUCACCCACCCCGAGAAACACCCCUUGGGGCAGAAGGAGGAGGCCCGGGGGGGGUUCCUAUUCCCAUGGAAAAGCACAGGGCUCUUUUUUCGGUUAUACAAGAUGAAACCACAGGGAUAUAAAUGUCGCUGCCUCUUUGAGAACAUUAAUGAAAAUAAACCCGUUUAAUAGUUUGCAGAUGCCGUUUCUGUAAACCUAAAAAAAGCAGGGAAUAAAUAUUUCUUCACUAAAUAUCUAUAUGUAUAUAUAUAUUUGAAAACAUUUGCUCCUAAUCUUAGGGCCCCUCCUUCGCCGUGCUCUUGGCAGCUUAUCACAGCUUGUCAGUCAGUGCUGAACUCACCGAGACGAGAUACAAAUUGCACCCACGGAGGGGUAGCAGGACCGAGGGAUUAUUGUAAUCUAAGCUCUCUCUCCCCCUUUCUAUUUGUACAUUUCAAUUACUUGUAACAAGAUCCAUGGUGGAUUUUUUUUUUUGUUUGUUUUGUUUUGUUUUUUUUUCUGCAUGUCUGCGUUUCGGAAAUUUUUGUAAGGUCUUUUGUAAAAACAACUCUUGUGAAAUAAUGGAGGAAUAAAUAUUUUACUGAGUA